AUGCCGGUGGCAACAAGCUCACAGUCGCUUCUGGCAUCCUUACCUUCGUUUAUGUCUGUGUUUGGAAACGGCCCGGACAGGUUAGAAACAAAUGAAGGUGACGCCGCGGCGACCACUUCACAGGGCAGGACUCCAAAAAGGCCCCUAAACAUCGCCCAACCUGCUCCUCCUACAAUUCGUCGAGACUCCACCUCGACCUUUGAAUCCACAGAGUCCUCUCCUACAACUACGAUAUCGACAGUGGGGUCUUCUCUCACAGAGCCUUCGCCUCGUUCGCCUCCCGAGACACCAGACUCCUCCUCACCUCUUACAUCAUUCAAAAACCUGAGAACGAACUCGGUACCGAAUAAUCAAGCAGAAAUGGAGUGCAGAGACCCUUUCUCGAGCUCAUUUCCAACCUUACCCGGAGUGGAGCGCGCAGAUUCACCGAACAAGAAAAUGCGCAACAUGAAGAACUUGUCGGUGAAUACAUCUGCGUCAAAUCGCACAGGGCUCCAGCUUCCAAAAUUAGGACCCUCGAACCCGCCACAAGCAUCCACCAAUGCAUUCUCCGCUCCACCUACACCAGCAUUCAUUGUUCCGCCCAAAUUGCCUAGAAAAAAGCCAAGCACUCUCCCGCUCAUGAUCACUACCCCCGAUUCAAGCACUUCUGGCCAGGAUCGGCCGAGCGCAGCCCUUCAAAGCCCAUCAGAUCCACAGAUUCGGACUUUGCGGUUGCUACAAACCUCGUUAAAUGGCGCGCUAUUCUCUCCAACCGUCGCCCCUGAGGGCGGCAUGCGAUUACCGCCGUUCGCCGCUCCGGCGACGUCUAGCCGCCCCUCUACUACCGGUGGCCGGAUAGGCAAAGUACGACCGCCGCUCAGUGUUUCGCCUCUGUCUUCGUUCGAUAAUUCAACAUCCUCUCCAAUCACAAGGCAGACACUCGAUCAUGUGCAAGAAGAGACAGACUAUGAGCCUCCGCUCUCUCAAGAAGUCAAGUCGCCCGCAUAUCCACAAGGGCCCGUGUGCAUCUAUGAUCCGCACGUGUACCUUUAUCUCGAACCCAGCCAUGUCGAAGCGCGAGAAUUCGACGUCAUUCUGAACGUUGCGCGAGAAGUAUUGAACCCUUUCUUGGCAGCAGUAGAAAAGGACGCACAACCUCGAAAAGAAGGAGCAGAGAUACAAGGAGCUCCGAAUGCAGACAACGCCUACCUCGCUGGCCGAGAUAGCGUUCCAGAACCGCAGACUGCGGUCUCGGAGAAGUCCUUCGCCUCUGCACUUGAGGCGCAAAUAGAAGAUGCUUCAACGACGGCGCCGGGCACACCAAAGGCAUUCAGGCCGGAGCCUGAAUACAUCCAUGUUCCUUGGGACCACAACACUAAUGUAGUGGAUGAUUUGCUGAGGUUAUGUGAGCUCAUCGACAAUCGAGUACGGCAAAAUAAGAGAGUAUUAGUGCAUUGCCAGUGCGGAGUUAGCCGAUCAGCAAGUCUUGUUGUUGCAUACGGACUAUACAAGAAUCCGCAGCUCACUGUGCAAGAAGCCUAUGAUGCAGUCAAAUUUCGAAGUAGAUGGAUCGGGCCAAAUAUGAAUCUAAUAUAUCAAUUAUCGGAGUUCAAGGCCAAAUUGAUCAGGACGCAUCCCAUGGGAACAGCAGCUUGGCAUGCAUGGCGAGCUCUGGGAUCUGGGCGCUCAAACCCAAACGCCACUGUGAAUCCUAACUCAGACUCUGGCCUACCGUCCUCUUCUGGACUUCGAAGUCCGCCACAAAAGUCAUUGAGUGCACCAUCCCAGAUAGGACGUGAUACACGGUCCAGCUCAUUCAGUCCACCCAGCUCAGCUCAGCUUAUGCCAACCUCUUCAGGCGACAUCACACCAGGUCCGUCAUCAGCGCCGCCAGAUAUGCAAUGGUCUCCAGGCCAGAGGUCGCCUGCGCCCGAAAGUGACGCCGUUUCCUCUUAUGCUCAACCUCUCCCUACCUCGGCAUCCCCCCCAAACAUCUCGGAUCCAGAUACCGAAAUGGUACUUUCGCCUUCAACAAUGGAACGCGAAGGCAUCGAAGAGAAAGAAGCACCAGCGCCUGUGGGAGGGGUGGCCAAUGACCUGCAGGAAGUUGCCAAGGAUCUAGCCAACAAUGAACGCAAUCCCACUGACAUGUCUCUGCCGAAGAUGAACUUUGGUCCUGAGAUUACAAUGUCACUGCCGUCGUUCGAUGAAUCAUUCGGUGAGAAAGGGGCAGUACCUGUGGCAGGGAUGAAACAGGAACUACAGCAUGAAGCAAGCGAUUCGGACAAAACUUCGGACAACAAAGAAGAAUCUGCUCUAAUUUCUCCGCCAAGGUUCUUGGAAUUGGUUACCGAAAAUUUACGCUUCCAAUCACCCACUAGUCCUGCAAUCAAGGAGACAGAAAUGACGCUCUCACACAUCCUGCCAACAGCCACUGUAUCAACACCCUCCCCCACCCUCCCAGCAGGCUUCAGCAGCCUCUUAAGCCGACGCCAAGGCCCUCUCGGACUACGCCAGUUACCUCUCCGCCAGGGCCAAUCUCCACCACAAUUGACCAAUGCCCAGCCAUCACCGCGAGCAAUCGAUCCCGACGUCCCCCAGACUCCCUCGCUCCUCUCUCCCCGAGCUGCAGAGUUCACAGCUAGUCCCUUCCACCGCACUUCUGCUGGCGAUCUAGCGGGCUCGUCGGUCUUCGAACAAGGUCUCAUGAGCCCGGGGCUAAAGGAGGAGGAUCCUAGGAGUCCGCAUCCGAUUGGCGAGGCCCCGAUUACGAGGAGUAUCUUCGAUAUGAUAUGA